CUCAAUCCUCAGACUUCUUUUUCUCUUGUAUCGAACUAAUUCCCAGUAUAAGCAAACUCUCCAAAUCAACUUCGAGUCUUCAACCUUUGAUUUGAUUUGAUUUAGUCACUCCCACCAAGAAAUGGCUGCGUUUGCUUCUGCUCCUACUUCUCCUUCCCAAGAGAAAUAUGUUGUUUUUGUCAGCUUUAGAGGUCCAGAUGUCAGAUUUGGUUUUCUCAGCCAUUUGGAAAAGGAGCUGCAUCGGAAGGGGGUAGACGUCUAUGUGGAUGAGGAUGACAGGCUGGAGAAAGGGCAUGAAAUAUUGCCUGCACUUGAGAAAGCCAUAGAAGAAUCAAUGAUUGCGUUGGUCAUAUUCUCAAAAGAUUAUGCUUCUUCAAAGUGGAGCUUGCAAGAGCUUGUCAAAAUCAUGAAACGCAAGGAAGCGAGUCAACAGAUUGUGAUUCCAAUUUUUUACGAUGUAGAUCCAACAGAUGUCAGGCAUCAAAAAGGCACUUAUGCAAAAUCAUUUUAUGAUCAUGACCAUCAGUUCAAGGAAAACACGGAUAACUUGCAAAUUUGGAGGGGUGUCUUGCAGCAAACUGCAAACUUAUCUGGUUUUCAUUCAUCAAAUAAUUAUCAAAGAGAAUCACAGCUCAUUGAUGCAAUAGUCCAAGAUGUCCUAAAAAAAUUGGAAGAUAACAACCUAGUUGCGCCACAAUCCCAGCUUGUUGGAUUUCAUUACGAUCUCGACAUUGUUGAAUCAUUAAUGAAAAUUACAUCACAAGAAGUUCGAGUUCUUGGCAUUUGGGGUGUUGGUGGGAUAGGCAAAACAACCCUGGCUCGAGCUAUAUUUGACAAAUUCUAUUCUCAAUUUGAAAGUUGUUGCUUCAUAGAAAAUGUGAGAGAGGAAUCAACAAAGAGCAAUGGUUUGAGUGAUUUGCGUCAAAAGCUUCUUUCUAAGCUAUUAGACCAAGAUGCAGGUCUCCCCAUAGAUAUGAAUUAUGCAAGGAGAAGGCUGUCACGAAAAAGAGUCUUGAUUGUGCUUGAUGAUGUAUCCAAUUCAAAGCAAUUAAAAGAUCUAGCUGGACAACAACUUUGCUUGGGGCGUGGCAGCAGAGUAAUUGUAACAAGUAGAGACAAGCAUGUUUUUAGGAGUGGAGGGAUUCAUGAUGAAUAUAUACAUGAAGUUGAGGAGUUGGGUUUUGAAGAAUCACUAAAACUUUUUUGUGUACAUGCCUUCAAUCAAACUCACCCCAAUAUGGGAUAUGAAAGGCUAUCACAAAUGACAGUUGCCUAUGCUAAAGGCAUUCCUCUAGCUUUAGAAGUUUGGGUUCCCAUUUUCGUUCUAGAGAUAAGGCAUACUGGGAAAGUGAGCUUGAGAAACUCAGAAAGUGUCCCUAUCCAGAAAUUCAAAAUAUAUUGAAAGUUAGUUAUGAUGGAUUAGAUGACAUGGAUAAGGAAAUAUUUUUAGACAUUGCAUUUUUUUUCAUUGGAGAAGAAAAAUAUAGCGUUACUCAGGCGCUAAAAGCUUGUGGUUUCAAAGCAAUUAGUGGAAUCCAAAAUCU